GGGCCAGAGUCCGCGAGCGAAAGCCGGCGGCGCAGAGGCUGCUGGGAGAUGGAGGCUGAGGCUGCGGCCUGCGCAGGCGCAAACCCGCAGCUAGGGUGGGGGCUGGAAGCGGCGCGGUGCCCGGCAGUGCCCCGAUGGAAGUUUAGGGUCCGUUGAGGGUGCCCCUGAAAGAUUCCACCUGAUAUGGUUCUUUUACAGAGCUAGUCCAGACUAGGAUGGCUGUAUCACUAACAGCAGCAAAAAGUCUGGCCCUUCAGGAUACACAGGAACAAGAGAAGAUUAUGAUGAUGGAGCCAAAAGAAAAGGAGCAAUCUUGGGUGUAUGAGACCAGGCUACCUGGGAUCCACUCUUCCAGUCAAGAGAUCUUUCGCCAGCGCUUUAGGCAACUCUGCUACCAGGAGACUCCUGGUCCCCGGGAGGCCCUGAGCCAACUACGAGUACUUUGUUUUGAGUGGCUGAAGCCAGAGACACACACCAAGGAGGAGAUCAUGGAGUUACUAGUGCUGGAACAAUUCCUGACCAUCCUGCCUAAAGAUCUCCAAUCUUGGGUGCGGGGACAUCAUCCUAAGAAUGGAGAGGAGGCUGUGACUGUGCUGGAGGAUUUAGAGAAAGGACUUGAACCAGGACCACAGGUCCCAGGCCCUGCACGUGGACCUGCACAGGAAGAGCCAUGGGAGAAGGAGGCACCUCUGGGAGCAGCCCAGGAGGCACUGAGCAUACAACCUAAGGAGACCCAGCCUUUCCCAGAGAGUGAACAGGUGUAUUUACAUUUUCCAUCAGAUAUUACAGAAGAUGGCCCACCCAAGGACAAGAGAUCAUUGCCACAACUGUCCAUUGCUGAAAUGGAAUCACACGUGUUCUCAGAAAAACUCACUACUGAUACUUCUACAUUUGAAACUACCUCUGAAGUGGAAUGUGCCUUAGAACCGCAGCAGAGAAAUUGCAAAGCUGAGAGACUGAGGCGGUCCCCUGCCCUGGGGAAAAGUUUUAGGCAGAUGGUUGUCAGCAAAAAGAAAAUUCCCACAGGGAAAAAAGACCAUGAAUGUAGCGAAUGUGGUAAAGCCUUCAUUUAUAAUUCACACCUUGUAGUUCACCAGAGAAUUCAUUCUGGAGAGAAACCCUAUAAAUGUAGUGACUGUGGAAAAACUUUCAAACAGAGCUCAAACCUCAUUCAGCAUCAGAGAAUUCACACAGGAGAAAAACCCUAUGAAUGUAGUGAGUGUGGGAAGGCCUUCAGGUGGGUUGCUCAUCUUGUUCAACAUCAGAGGAUUCAUUCAGGAGAGAAGCCCUAUGAGUGUAAUAAGUGUGGGAAGGCCUUCAGUCAAAGCUCAUACCUAAGUCAGCAUCUGAGAAUUCACAGUGGAGAGAAACCUUUUAUUUGUAAAGAAUGUGGAAAAGCUUACAGAUGGUGUUCAGAGCUUAUUAGACAUCGGAGAGUGCAUUCUGGAAAAGAUCCUGAAGUUGAGAAAAUCUCCAAACAGACUUGUACAUUUGUCUAAUCUACCUUAGGACUGAAUCCCAUAAAAGUUAAAUACACCUUUAAGAUUU